AUGUUGAUUUAUGUUGAUGAUUUAUUAAUCACUGGAAGUUCCAAGGAGAUAAUAGAAGCUGCUAAGCAAGUUUUGAAAGAUAAUUUUAAAAUAAAGGAUUUGGGGUACCUCAGAUACUUUCUUCGCAUUGGGUUUUCCAGAAACACAGAUGGAAUUCUCAUGCACCAAAGGAAAUAUGCUAUGGAGCUUAUAGCUGAUUCUGGCCUAAGUGGUUCCAAACCAGCAGGAACACCUGUUGAGGUAAAUCAAAAGCUGACUACAUCAGAGUUUGAUACUUAUUUUAUGCAUGCAGAUGAUCCUGUUCUAACACAUCCGGAAGAAUAUCAAAGACUCACAGGAAGAUUAUUAUAUCUUACUAUUGCACGGCUUGACAUUGCUUUUGUAGUGCAAAAUUUGAGUUAG